AUGGAAACAGCAACCCUAGUUGCUAUCUCUAUAUCUGGUUUACUUGUAAGUUUUACUGGGUAUGCUUUAUAUACUGCUUUUGGGCAACCCUCUCAACAACUAAGAGAUCCAUUCGAAGAACACGGAGACUAG